AUGUCUUCAUCUGCCCAGACCUCCUACUUCUUUCUCCAUCGUGAGCAACAGCCUAGUCCACUCACACCUGGCUCCGACACGUCGACGCUCUUCGACUUCGACCUCGAUACAUCCGACCCAUCGCUCGAGCUCAGCAAGUCCAACGCUCUCGUUUCUCCGACCGAGACCCUCGCUGAUCGAGCGCACCCCUUCGAACGCCUUGGCAAGUCGGAUCCUGCUUCUCGUCGCCUGCACUACCUCGAGCGCAUCGAAAAGGUCCUCUCCACCGAGCUCAAUCCUUUCGACCUCUUGGCACGCAACGAUUCGAAGCACGAACACUCCACAGCAGCACGCCGCCAUUCGUUUGUCGCAGGCGCUCGUUGUCACGACGCAGUUCCCGAGACUGGCGUCGACAUGCAGGAUACCGGCCUUGGUGCUCCAAGUCACGCCCACGCCGUCCCUGGUGCUCAAGCGCAACCGAACAACGAACAACAUGGAGCCUUUUACGAUCCAUCCUCGGCCGACGGCUACAGCGCUCCGUCGCAUAGCAACUUGUUGAGCGCAACUCCAUCCUUCAACCCACAACCAAGCUUUUCUCAUUCGUCACCCUCGGUCUCUCCGGCACCAGCCACGCAGUCCGGCGCACCAAAUACCUUCCGCGACUUCACGCUCAAUCCCAGUCCGCAGUCCAGCCCGCAUCUCGGCAGUGCAUCUCACCACCGCAUCGGCUCACAUAGCUCAGAUGCACCGAGCCCGUCACAUUAUACCCAGGGCAUGUCCUCGGAUCCCGCCCUCGCACAGACGCUCGGGCAGAUUGGCCAGAUCACUCUCGAGGAAGAUCAACGCUAUCCGCCCACCUUCGACGAUGCUUCCGACUACGGCGGCUCUCCAGCCUUUUCACAUUCCGGCGCCGGUCCGUCCACAGACGGCUUGACUCCUUCGGCCUACUCUUCCGUACCGAGCCAAAUACCAGGUCAUCAAGCUCCCUCGAAAGCUCCGCAGCUCUCAUUAGGCAUCCCUACCGUUUCCGUCUCAGAUACUUCGAUGGACUAUACCCCAAUCGCCGCGACACUUGCUUCCAGCAGUGACGCCAACAUGCCUAGCAUCAGUGUCAUGGCGCCUUCACCAUCUACUCCUAGAGCGGAAGGCCCGCAUGGACACGGUGGCGGGUUUCAAAGUGUCCUCGAGCAGCUGCUCGAACGAGCUCAGACGAUAUCGGCCGACGUGAACGACGGCUCGAGCCAGUCCGCUUCCUCUGCCAACUGGCUACCUUCCGAUCCUUCCAACAGCUUGUCAACCGAACCGACCAGCUACACAGAUGCCUCCAGUACCACCGUCGGAGCGCAAGUGGGCUCCACGCUGUCGCAACCGUCUUUCGGACAAGGACUGUUUCGUCCCCAUUCUGCCACCGGGCGCAUCGUCCCGGACGGCUAUUCUACGGAACCAACGCAGAUGAUGUCGGCGCUCGCCGGUCAACCGCAACGCACGCCUUCUGUCCACGCUCCCGGGCAGUGGUCGAGUCAGGCCAAGCGUCAAGAUUCUUACGACAAGAUCCGCCAGUUCUUGCGGCUCGAUGUCGACAUGGGCUUCCAGUCCACGGGCAAGACCGAAUCUCCGACGCUUGCCUCGUUCCGCAAGCGCGCCAACUCGGACAUCGGACCGCGCUCACCUGUCGUUCCCGACAAUGCAGAGGGCGGCGCUGGUACCGCGUUCGACUGGUCAUUCGCAGCGACCAGCCAAGCCGCAGCCAAGCCAGAGCCCAAUGGCUUGGAAUUCGACUGGUCCACCUUCAAGGCGGAUCCCGCCAUGCUCAGCAACCCAGGUCUACCAAUCGACCUGCCGCAGCCAGGUACCUUGGAUCCCUCGCUCCUCAACAAUGAGCAGCUGCAAUUCGACAUGAUGCAGGCAUUUGCAGACAAUGGUGCAUUGCUUGCCAGCAUCCAGCAGCAGCAACAGCAGCAGCAGCAGCAACAGCACGUACAGCAACAGCAAGCGAUGCCACCCAUGUUCCAGCUCAACGGCCAGGGCAAUACCAUGCAGGGCUUUGACUACUCUUCGCAACUUCCCCAGGCGGGACCCAACGGAUUCAACGCACAGUGGCGCUUCCCUGGAAGUGGAUCUCAAGAUGCUUCUGCCAACGAUGGCACAGGCACAACCAAGCUGCGACGGUCCAACAGCGCGCGCCAAAGCUCGCCUGCCGGGCAUCGGAGGUUGGCGCGUUCCGAAGACCUUUCGCGUAGUCGCAUGUACCAAGGCGCCGACGAGGACUUCCUUUCGCAGAUAACAGCUCCCAACGGAGGACUGGCUCCUCCGCAAACGGGACGCUCCGUGUCUUCGACUAGCUCGGCGGCCGGCAGCCACCAUCACAGCAUCUCAGGAUCAGCGAGGGUACACCCGUAUCGCACCGGCCACGACCGUCACUACUCGUUCGGCUCGAAUGCAUCCAGCAGCAGCGCUGGAUCGGCUUCACCGCUCCCACAGAUGGCAGGUGGCUUCGUUUACGAUGCCGCUGGCAACCUCGUCCAGUACCCGACCGAUGGCUUUGGGCCCAUGCCGGGCUUGAACAUGGACAGCAGCAACGCGGCAGCUUCGCCAUCCGCUUCGAGUGUAGCUUCAGGGACGAGCUCGCAACUAGCGCCGCCAGUGCCCGUCGUGACUAGCCAGGCGACGCAGGUGGCAUCGGCAUCGCGCCGCAAAUCGGAAGCGUUGUUUGCGUGCCCCAUCCCUGGCUGUGGAUCCACGUUCACGCGGCAGUACAACCUCCGAGGCCACCUGCGAUCGCACGCCGACGAACGACCGUACAAGUGCGACUGGCCAGGAUGCGACAAGAGCUUUGCACGCUCGCACGACUGCAAACGCCACCAGAAUCUGCAUCUCAACAUCAAACCGCACACUUGCGAGCAGUGUGGCAAGACGUUUGCGCGUCUGGAUGCGCUCAAUCGCCACCACAAGAGCGAUACCGGUGGAUGCAACAGCGAGAGCCAGUCGAGUUCGACAGAUGCGUCGUCCCGGUCGGGUGGUGGCGACGAUGGGAUGGGAUCACAGCCUGGAUCAGACUCUUCGAAAUGGGGUCAGAGCACCAUAGAUGCCGGUGGUUCUCAGCCUGUGAGCAAGAGCUUUGGCGGUCAUGUCUUGUGA